AUGUCUUCGGGUGCAAUUAAUGAAAAGCCGAUUAUGACGGACCUGGAUGAAGCUAAUCCAGAUGUUGGAUUAUUCGAACCUAGUUCCAAUUCGAGUAUAGCGGAUGAAAAGAGACGAGUAUCCGAGUUGGAGAGUGUUCACUCCAGAAUCGCAGAACCUGGUCAAGGCGAAAAGGGAAAUAUUUUGUCGCAGUAUUCUGAGAAGCAGGUGAUGCAAAUGGGUAGAAACUAUGCUCUAAAGCACGACAUGGAUGCCGAUUUGUUUGCUCGUGCUGCUGCCUUAGCAAGAACUCCCGAUGAGUUCAACGCUAUGCCUUUCAUAACAGAAGAAGAAAAGCAAGCUUUGCAUAAGGAACAAACCAAGAAAUGGCACAUCCCGAAGAAAUUGGUUCAUGUCAUUGCAUUAGGUUCCAUGGCUGCGGCUGUGCAAGGUAUGGACCAGUCUGUUAUUAACGGUGCCCUUUUGUUCUACCCUCAAUAUAUGGGAGUCGGAAAAGGCGAAUAUAACUUUUUUGGAUAUGACACCGAUAUGGUUGAGGGAUUGAUCAAUGGUGCGCCAUAUUUAUGUGCUUCUUGUCUUGCUUGUUGGAUGUCCGAUUUUUGGAAUAGACACUUGGGUCGUAAGGGUACUAUUUUUUGGACAUGUGUCAUCUCUGCUGUAACAUGUUUCUGGCAAGGGUUUACCAAUACAUGGUAUCAUCUUUUUAUUGCCAGAUUUAUUAUGGGGUUUGGUAUCGGUAUUAAGUCAGCUACUGUGCCUGCGUACGCCGCUGAAUGUACACCUAAGCAAAUCAGAGGGGCAUUGGUUAUGUUGUGGCAGUUUUUCACGGCAUUUGGUAUUAUGCUUGGUUAUGCCGCUUGUUUGGCAUUCUAUUAUGUACCAGAUCGUGGUAUUGGUGGAGGUCUUAACUGGAGAUUAAUGUUAGGUUCCGCUGGUCUUCCAGCUGUAUUUGUAUUGUUCCAAAUUCCAUUUGUCCCUGAAUCUCCUCGUUGGUUGAUGGGUAAAGGAAGACAUAAGGACUCGUAUGAUUCAUUGAAUGCGAUGCGUCUUGACAAAAUUGCUGCAGCUAGAGAUACAUUCUACCAAUACGUCUUAUUACAAGAAGAAGCUUCUUAUGAGGGUAUUCCAGGUUGGAAACGUCUUAUCGAAAUGUUCACUAUCAGAAGAAACAGAAAUGGUGCAUUUGGUGCAUGGAUUGUUAUGUUUAUGCAACAAUUCUGUGGUAUCAAUGCAAUCGUUUAUUAUAACUCUACUAUAUUUAUUGAAUCUGGUUUUACCGAAGUUGAUGCUCUUACGGCAUCUUGGGGUUUCGGUAUGGUUAACUUCAUCUUUGCUAUUCCAACUUUCUAUACCAUCGAUACCUUCGGUAGACGUAAUUUGUUGUUAUUGACAUUCCCCUUAAUGUCGAUCUUCUUAUUAUGGACCGGAUUUGGUUUCUUAGCUUCUGACGACCAAACUAAAAUUGGUAUUGUGGCAAGUGGUGUUUACAUUUUCUCUGCCAUUUAUUCUGCCGGUGAAGGUCCAGUUCCAUUCACCUACUCUGCUGAAGCUUUCCCAUUGUAUAUUCGUGAUCUUGGAAUGGGUUUCGCUACUGCCACUUGUUGGUUUUUCAAUUUCAUUUUAGCUUUGACUUGGCCUAAACUUGUGAGCGCCUUUACCUCUACUGGUGCAUUUGGUUGGUAUGCUGGUUGGAACAUAGUAGGGUUCUUUUUAGUUUUGUGGUUUUUGCCAGAAACUAAAGGUUUGACCUUAGAGGAAUUGGACGAAGUGUUCUCCGUCAGUGCCAGAAAGCAUGCUAAAUGGCAGACAAAGAAUUUCCUAAACAGUUUCCAAAGAGUUGUAUUGCGUCGUCAUAUCGAUCCAUUACCUCCAUUAUAUGAGCACCAAAAGAGAAUGGCUGUUACCAAUCCUGACUGGAAUGAUAAAACCGAGGCUACUCACGUUGAGUAA